ACUUUGUACCGGAGAACCAGAGCCUGGGACGGAUGCACCGGGGCUUUGUACCGGAGAACUGGAACCUGGGACGGAUACACCGGGGCUCGUAGCAGCGAACCGGAGCCUGGGACGGCUGCAUCAGGACUUUGUACUGGCGAGCCGCCGUCUGGCACGGAUGCACCGGAGCUUGUAGCAGCGCACCGAGAUUUUGCACCGGCGAACCGGAGCCUGGGACGAGCGCACCGGGGCUCGUAGCCGCGCACCGGCAUUUCCCGCGGGACGGUAGACCGGAGCGGGACCCUUGCACCGAGAGACUCCCCCGACCGCCGAAACCGUCACCCCAAACCGGCGAGGGGGAGAGAGAAGCGGGGGGGGGGGGGGUUGCUCGGUAAAUCGGGAUGCUGGUAGCCUGACCCGCAGCCUUGGCGUGGCGGGGCGGCCCCCGCGCCCCUGGGGCCAUGUACCAAGGCUUCCCCGGUGACUACGACUCGGGUUCCCGCUGCAGCUCCUCGCCCUCCGCCGAGUCCCAGUACCUCUCCUCGGUCGAUUCCUUCGGGAGCCCCGCGGCGGCGGCGGCCGCGCAGGAGUGCAGCGGCCUGGGGGACAUGCCCGGCUCCUUCGUGCCCACAGUGACGGCCAUCACCACCAGCCAGGACCUGCAGUGGCUGGUGCAGCCCACCCUCAUCUCCUCAGUGGCCCAGUCGCAGCCGCUAGGGGCACCCAUGGCGCACCCCCCUCCUGUCGAUCCCUACGAUCUCCCAGGACCCAGCUACUCUACGCCGGGCAUGGGUGCCUUUGCCACAGGGCCGGCGGCACCGUCAGUACGUCCCACUCGUGCCCGUCCCCGGCACAGCUGUGAGGAGACGCUGACGCCAGAGGAGGAGGAGAAGCGCCGGGUGCGACGGGAGAGGAACAAGUUGGCAGCAGCCAAGUGCCGUAACCGGCGCCGGGAGCUGACGGAUCGGCUGCAGGCAGAAACAGACCAGUUGGAGGAGGAGAAAGCCGAGCUGGAGUCAGAGAUUGCAGAGCUGCAGAAGGAGAAGGAACGGCUGGAGUUCGUCUUGGUGGCCCAUGCCCCUGCCUGCAAGCUCCCCUUUGAGGAUGUCAGCUCCUUGGGUGCCGGCCCCGCCGAGGUGAGCACCCUGGGCAAGGAAGAGCCGGCGGGGACCGUCACCUUCCUACCCCCGGGUCUGUUCCAGCCGAGCGCCCAGGGCCCCUUCCCCAGCUGCUGCUUCGUGCCCGGGGUCCCCUCAGGGCCACCUAACCCAUCCUAUACGUCUUCGUUUGUGUUCACCCACCCAGAGGGAACCACCUGUGGAGCCUUGCAUCAGCGGAGCAGCAGCAGCGACCAGUCCUCGGACUCCUUGAAUUCUCCCUCGCUCCUCGCGUUGUGAACAGGGUCCCCCCAAAAACUGGCAUCUCCUCCCUCCCCGGGUGGUGGUUUUUUUUGUGGUUUUUGGCUUCCCUUCCCCCUCCCCUUUUUUUUUUUUUUUUUUUGAUUGGUUGGCCCAGGGGUUGGGGUGUUGGUGAGACUGAAGGGCAGCUUUGGCACCUGGAUGUGGGGUGUCAGCGAUGGGGCUGGUGUGUUGGAGGUGUCUGUGAUGUGUCUCCAUUGUUCCUGCAGCAUCCCAGCUGCUUUAGAGGUGUCUGUCCCCAAUCCCCAUAAUCUCAUGGGGGUUCAUGCAACAUCUCCAUCCCUUUGGAGAUGUUCCUGCCCAAUUUCCACCACCCGGGGAAGGUCCCUUUGUCAUCUCCAUUGCCUUAGAGGUGUCUGUGCCUGAUCCACACCACCCCAUGAGGCUUUGUGCAGCAUCUCCAUCCCUUUGGAGAUGUCCGUGCCUGAUCUCAGUCACCCCAGGAAGAUCCAUGUGGCAUCUAUGACACCUUAGAGGUGUCUGCGUCUGAUCUCUGUUGUCCUGAGGGGGGUCCCUGUGCCAUCUCCAUCACUUUGGAGAUGGCCAUGCUGUAUCUCCCUUACUCCAGGAAGGUCCCCAUGUCAUUUGUUAGACUGGAGAUGUCUGUCAUCUCCAUCAUCCUGGGGGGGGGAUGUCUAUGUGGCAUGUCCUUCACCCUAGAGGUGUCCAUGCUGCAUCUCCAUCUCCCUUGGAUAGUCCCUGUGGCACCUUCAUCACCUUAGAGGUGUCUGUGCCACAGCUGCACUGUCCCAUGGGGUCCUUGCAGCUUCUCCAUCACCUUGGAGGUGCCCCUGCCAAAUCUCCAUCACCCUGGGGCUGGGGUGUCCAUGUGUUGUCUCCAUCCCCCCCAUGGUGUCCACGCUCCAUGUCCCCAUUCCCCUUGGGUGUUCCAGCCCUGCUGCUGAUGCUGGGCCUCCAGGUCACCUCUCCAGCACCCACAAUGUUGGGUGGAUUCCUAUCCUGCUUGUCCCCCACCCAACUGUGAAUGGCUCUGCCCCAUCCACCCUGCCUGCACGGGUCCUGCCGGUGGCUCCAGCAUCCCCAACCCUGCACCAUCCCUCUCUUGUGACCAAGCUUUGCCAGCGUUGACUCUGUC